UAAAAAAAAUUAAACUGUGAACGAUUAUUGUUAAUUGUAUUCUAAAUGUCAACAUAUUUAAUGUAAAGUCAGAACAUUUGAAAGAGGCAGCGGGAAAGCAAUUAAAGGCACGCGAAAAAAGGAAAGCCCCAAUUCUGCAGCUGCAUAAGGAUUGGUCUACCUGAUUAGAUAUAUAUCGGUUUUUGAGGGAUUAGCGGUGGAUCAUAAAGAAAUUUACACGAAGUGAGGUGAACCAUUUACCUGGCUAAAUUACCUUUUUUUUGGGUAUAUAAGCUCGGUUUUCGGUAAGCCAUCCGGUGAGAUAAUUGUGGACACAGCAGCCAUGAAUAGUGCCGAUCUAAGUGAAUUGCUUCAAUUGAAUGCCGAGAUAGAGGAGAGAAGACGCUCCCAUCCUUUGGGAGAUGUUAGCAAUGCUUGUGGCCUGCUUCGUGCCAAAAUGACCAGAGAGGAGCUCUUCGAGAUCUCUUCGUUGGAUGAUGAUCGCUUCCUAACCGCAUUGGAGCAUCAGAAUUCAUAUGUGACACCAUCCAAAGUUCAAAUCACCGACUUGGACUUGUCGAGCAUUGAGAAUCUAAUGAAAUACUUUGAUGAGGAGGUACCUGUUACACCAACCAAGACACUGGAGGCAUCACGACGACUCAGCUGCACCGGUAAAGUGGCCAGUGCGAUAGCCAAAUUUGCCAACAAUCAAGUGGAAGUGCCACCGAAAGUGAAAUUGGGCGGUGGUAAAGUGAAGAUCAACGAGUUGAAACAGAAAUACGAGCAACCAAAUACAGUAGAGCAACCCCAGGGCUCACCCAAGGGUGGGGCAGUUCAUAAGUUACCCAUUAAGGUCAGAGAAAUUGCCCAAUUAUUUAAUACCAAGAUCAACCAAGUGAUGCGACGCACAGAGGAGCCUCAAUAUGUGGCCCUGCAGAAUGAACUGUCACCCGAGCCGAAACCUGUGCCCAAAUCUCGCUUAGAAUCGGGCACUUGCCUGGUGGCCGAAGAUGUGUUCCGUGAGCUGAGUGUCAAGGAUAAGGCUCUGCUGUUCAACAAGUUUGUGGGCGAUAUGGCGGCCAAGCAUCCCAAAUUUAAUGUUCAUGCCGCCGAUCUGAAGGCUAAGGUAAAGAAACAAAUGGCCAGGGGUGAGGUGAUAGCCGAGCAACAAGCCAGUGUUAAGGAUUUGGCCAAAGAGUUGGAGGCCAAGUGUGUGCUGCAACCAUGUACACCACCCAGACCAAACACAUCUGGAGUGAGUAAGACGGCAAAGACUGACGAGCAGGAACAAACCGUUCCGUCCAGUCCAUCUGCCCUUCAUGUCAGCACAUUGACUGUCAUUCUAAAGCCCAGUCCGGAACGUCGUCCACCACAAGCGAGACCAAGACGACGCCUGGAGAGGAGCAGUAGCGAAACCCAUCAACGGGAGAGCUCACAAAAACGCAAUAUCCAUUCUAUACGCAGUGUUCUGCCUACAGAGGCUUAUGCUCCACCAAAGAAGAUUCGCCGCACUCGUCAGGAGCGUUCUGGCACCGAUAUUCAGAUGUUUUUUCAGAACGAACAACUCGAAACGCUUUUCUACAGUUGGCUUAGCUCUGAGAAUGGUAAACUCUUUGACAUAACCAGCGUCUCGAAUACCCAGGAGACUAUUGAGAUUGCCAGCGAAGAAGCUGAGCAGGCAUUGCAGGCAGAACAGGAGCAGGCCACAAACACCAUGAACUCCACAACGAGUGAAGUCACUCAGCGUUCUGCUGUGGAAAGACUCCUUGAAGAGGCCAUUGCGAAAUUGGAAAUGGAGAGCAAAGAUAAAGAGGAAACUCAUGUGGAAGAAAAAGAGGUUGAUACGGCCACAGAGGUUGUGGUCACGCCACGUAAACCUAAGCGCAAAGCACCACCAAUUCCGGCACCACGACCAAGUCUGGCUCAAACCCAAUCUAGCUGCAUAACCUCUAGCAGUUCUAGUUGCAAGCAUUCUGAGGCUGAGGAAAGUGAAUCCGGCUUGUCUACUCUACCCAAGAUAACCAGUGAUGAGUCCCAGCCCGAAAUGCCUAAGGAAGAGAAACAGUCAACUGAAUUUGAUUUUCCCAAGCCCCAGCGACCACCACGUAAGAAGAAAAUGCGUCGCACUCUCACCUGGAAGAAGGAGAACUCCAUUGUGGAGGCCACAGCCAAUGCCAUUACCUCUACCGAUUCUGAUUCAGAUUACAAAUCCAAUCUGGUAGUGGCCAACAAGAAGAAGCCCAUUAAUAUUUCAAUGCCAGAGCAAAGUUUCAUUGAGUUGGACAAGUCUCUGAUGCGUCAUGUGAACUCGCCCAGGAAAAUUAAAUCAGCUUACACUUUGACUGUGAUGUCUUCGCCCUCACCUAAUGCGGAUAGUGAUCAAUCGCCAGCCCAAACACCACGCAAUUCAUUGGAUCAGCGACAACGAGAUAGUUUCAUAGAUCAAGGAUUUGAGACUUGCUCCAACGAUAAUAGUCCUCUGAGGCGAACCUCCCUCAAUUUGAGUUCCUCGAAGCCCUCUGGAUUCUCCACACCUGUCAAGGGAACAAGGGUACAGUCACCAGCUCACCAACAGCUCUUCAGUCCCAUAGUCAAUCAAGAGCGUGUCGCUCGCCGCAGUUCUUUGGCCAUGCAAGUGAUCAAGGAGGAUCAUCCUUUGGAUUUGGGAGAUACAUCCAGUGCACCCAAUACACCCUGCAGUGAGAGGGAAUUCUUUGCCAAUGCCCCCACAAUGGAAAUGAACUCAACCCAAGAAAUGGAUGUACCCAAGCAGCAGCAGCAGCAUUCAAUGUUUUGGAUUUGCGCUGGAGAUUUUACCGUGUCACUGGAAAUCUACCAUAAUACAGUUGACCGGCUGCGUUUGCUCUAUGAAAUCUUCACUCAGAAGAGUUGGGAAUCACGAGAUUUGGCUUUUGGCAUCGAUGGACACAAAUUCACCAGGCAAGGUGCAGCAACUGAGUCCAAGACCACUCUACCAGAAAGACCGCCCAGUGUGAAGGGUUGCUCUCAUUAUUGGUUCGCCAGUGGAGAUUUGGCCGUGCCCUUCAGUGGCAAGCACAUGCCCAUCGAAAAAGUGGAGAGGCUCUUCCAGUUUCUAGCCAAAGACCUGGACGAUCUUGUGGACCUACGUUUCGGUGUGGAUCACAUUGAGUUUAGCAGUGUUCCCGAAUUUUGCUACAACACACCAAAAUUCUCAAUCGAAAGUAGCUACAGCAUGUUGGUGGGUCUUCAGACUGGCAACAGCAACGGCUUGGAGGGUCGCAGCAAAGAUGCCUGGCCGAAUACACAGCACAAUACCACCCAAAGUGCCAUCAAAACAAGCGAUCUGGAUCAAACUGAAUUCGAAUCGGAUAGCUUUAGCAACAAUAGUGGUCGCCUAUCAUUUUCCCCCGAUAUGUUCUCCAUUGACUACGAAGCUGUGCCCUUGGACGAUCUGUUUGAGAAGAAGAUUGCCACUCCCAUGAGCAUGCCACAAAUGCUGCAAACUCUGCAGCAGCAGCAAACCAAACUGAAGAAUGUGGAGGAACGCAUUCGCAGCUACUCAAAACCUUCAAACCUGGUCGAUGACUCACUCGAACAUUGCCGCAAUACACCCGAAUAUAUUCACAAACUGCGAGGCAUCAUUCGUGCCAUUGAUAACAUUGGCAAGGAUAAUGGUUUUCGCACUUGCUCCAUGGAACAGCUGGAGAGCUUCAUGUACUUCCUGAGUGAAUAUGCGGAUGUUUGUCUCGCCAAUUGCAGCGAUCACAUGGAAAAGAUACUUGAUACUCUGCUCGACCGACGUGCUGUGGCCGUUUAAAGACCAAACCAACUCCAAUCUAACUUUACUCACUACUAUACAUACAUAAACUUAUGCAAAUUUUUUUUAAAUAUUAAUUUUAAGUGUCAACAUUUAAUGUUCAAACAAAUAUUUUAAUCUGUAAUAAACUUUUUAAAGAAAAUUUAAAAAAA